UAAACAUAAACAAACAAUCAACAAGUCGUGACAGACAAGAGUUAGAAAUCAGGAAACAAAAUGGAUCAGAGCUCACAAAAAAAAUCAAACAAAAGGGUCAAGUAUUUAUGGACUGAGAGCUGUGAGCAGUUAUUUGUAGAAUUAUGGGAGAAAAAUGUUUCUCAAUUGCCGGGCUACCGGCGAAGUGACCUCAUAUAUAAAGAUAUGACCAAGCUGAUGUGUGAAAGGGGUUACAUAGUUACCAAUCCUCAAGUGCUGCGGAAAGUGGACAACUUUACCAAACGGUUUAGAAAGGAACAGCAAAUUGUGCGCGUUUCCGAAGGGUCCCCAUCAACGUGGAAGUUUUUUAACAACCUCAAUAGAAUUAUGGAAAACUGGCCGAAUUAUGGCUUCUCUGCGUUAGUGUCCAAUAGUUUUGAAGACCAGAAACCGGAACCAUUAGGGUCUGCAUCUUCACCAUUGUCUUCUACCACUUCUGAAGUCUCAGAAGACAAUACGGAGAAAACGCCUAGAAGAAAAAGGAAAAUGGAUGAUGCAGAAACGCAAGAAAGACUGGAUAAACUAAUUAAUCUUCAAGAACAGUUUUUACAUUUGCUAGACAAUGCAAAUAAGAAUCAUAAUGAGCUGAUUAAAACUUUGCAUUCCAGGAAUAAUGUUUUGACGCGAAUAGCGGCUGCGAUAGAAAGAAGAUAUCAGCACGAAAGAGUCGUAACGGAUGUGGAUUCCAGUGACUAG